AUGUUUCUACAUCGUGCGUCAUUCAUUUUUUUUCUGUUUUCUUUCUUUCUUUCAUAUUUCUACAUGUAUAUUGUGCUUCUUUCUUUCUUUCUUCCUUUCUCUAUGUUUAUCGUGCUUCUUUCUUUUUCGGUUUUCUUUCUUUCUUUCUUUCUUUUCUUUUUUCUUUUUUCUUUUCUUUUCCAUGUAUAUUGUGUCAUUCAUUUUUUUUUCUGUUUUUUUCUUUCAUAUUUCUCUAUGUUUAUCUUCUUUCUUUUCUUUCUUUUCUCUAUGUUUUUCGGUUUUCUUUCUUUCUUUCUUUCUCACUUGUUCUACAUGGAUAUCGUGCUUCUUUCUUUCUUAUUUUUCUAUGUAUAUUGUGCCUUUUUCUUUCUUUUUUCUUUCUUUCUUAUUUCUCUAUUUUUAUCGUGCUUCUUUCUUCAUUUCUUUUUCUCUUUUUCUUUUUUCUUUUACAGCUUAUUGAUCUUUCUUAAUUCCUCUUUUUUUCUUUCAUUCUUUUCCCUUUCUGUAGUUAUUUUUUCUUCUAGUACUUUCUCAUUCAUUCAUUCAUUCAUUCAUUUCUUCUUUCUUUCUUUCUUUCCUUCUUUCUUUCUUUCUUUCUUUUUAAACGGUGUUAAGAGAAAAAAAGUUUGA